AUGAAGAAACUUGCUGAGCUGUCGACUCUGUGUGAUGUCAAGAUGUGUGCGGUUAUCUACAGUCCGUAUAACCCAAACCCUGAGGCUUGGCCAUCAAGAGAAGGCGCUGAGAAAGUGAUAUCAAAUUUUAUGGAGGUUCCGAUGGACGGUCGGAUUAAAAGGAUGUCGGAUCAAGAAGGUUUUCUGCGUAAGAGGAUUGCUAAAGAGGAAGCGAAAUUGCAAAAAAUGCAUACUGAGAACCAAAAUUUUGAGAUGGAAAAUAUUAUGUUUGGUUUUCUUAAAGGAGAGAUUGAUGUGCAUAAGCUUGGUCCAAAGGAUCUUCAAGAUUUAAGUUCUUUUGUUGAUACUUAUAUAGACAAGCUUACUUACAGGAGGCAGAACCUUAUGGAGAACGGUGAAUCUUCUUCUCGUUUACCUCCUUCUGUUGUUGCAGAUACUGUUGCUGUCCCAGUUAGAGAUUAUGAUCACAUGAAUCAAAAUCAAAAUAAGCAGGAAUCGAUUCAACGCCAAAAGGAUGGAGACCCCAUGGACGCUGCUGACCAUCACCAACCUAAAUCUGAUGGUCUCACUAUCAACGCUGCAUCUGAUGGUCUCGCUAUCAACGCUGCUGAUGUUGGUGCUCCUAACACCACCAACAAGUGA